AUGGAUAAGAAGAUGUCAGGAAUAUCGAAACCUGACACGGAUAUUCCAAAAUUGUCUGGAGAAUCAAAACAUACGGAGGCCCUUGCUAUCGCUCCAGAAACAGUACAAUUGGUCUGGAAUUACAGCAAGAUGUCAGUAACGGAAAUACCAGACCACUGGAUGGAUGUGAGCCCCGUCUACAAGAAAAUGAAGGCUCGAAUGCUGAAAGGAGAGAAGCUAUUGGAGCUGGGUUGUGGUUUCGGGCAAAAUAUGCGCAAACUUUGUGUCAAAGGCGUAGCAGCUGAAGACCUCUUCGGGUUUUACACGGAUAGGAUCCUCAUAGAGGCUGGAUACGAUCUUUUUGUGGAUCGAAGCACGCAGAUGACUUUCUUCACUGGAGACAUCGUAGCCGGGACAUUCGAAUUCGAGCGCUUUCACGACAAAUUCAACAUCGUCUUCGCAAGCAUGUUCUUUCACCUUUUCGAUUGGACUGAGCAGGUUGCUAUAGCGAAGCAAGUCGUCAACUUCCUGCGAAAGCAACCGGGGUCGAUGAUUUUCGGGCAACAAAUUGGUCACAUCAAGCCUGGGUUGUACCAAGUGGGAAGAGAAUCCGCAGGCUAUGCGCACAACACUGCCACCCUACAGCAAAUGUGGGACUUUGUUGGCAGCGAGACCAAAUCGACUUGGCAUGUGCAAGGUAUUAUGGAGGUCAAUGAAAACAUCGCUGCCCUCACCCAGGAUGAUAACACGCGUUGCCUGCGAUUCUGGAUCCGCAGGUUAUGGAAAUAG